UUUUCUUCAGUAAUAAAUACGUCCAAAAUCUCAUUCCAAAGUCAUACAAACAUCACUGUCGUAGCAUUGAUAAUCCCAAGAAGAAAAAUGCAUCCUUUUUGAGAAACUCACCAAACAACCCAUUCUUCUUUAAUUUCCACGCCAAGAACUCUGGAGCAACAGCAGUAGUUGCAGUUUUGUGAGAUAAAUUAUGAUGGAAGAGCACUCCAAGUCCAAGAAAAAAUCACACAACGUAGAGAAUCAUAAGUUGACAAUGAAAAUAAACUCAAGUAAAAAUGGCAGUGGUGUUGGUUGUGUUAUUUUGUUAGGUGGAGCAUUAAUAACAGCUGCUGCUAUGGGGUCUGCAUUCUUGGUUGCAAGAAAGGGUAGAAAAUCCACUAAGAAGACUACAAAGAAAGAGGAGAAUGAGAAAAUUGAAGAUGAAUCAAGUGAAGGGCUUCAUUUUCUUCUUCCUGAUUCUUUUCCAUGUAUUGCACAGCAGCAACCUUCGAGCAAUGGGAUUGACAAGUUGUGUGUCAAUGGCAAUGAUUCCACCUCCUUGUUCUCCACUCCAUGCUUGAUCCAGGAUGAGAAGCCUAAGCUUGAUGUAAAACGGGACACCCUCAAUGCUAUAGCCUCUGAUCAUCCAAAAGAAGAAGAAAAUUCUCCAUCUUUAGAUAAAUUGCCCGCGCACAAGGAAGAAUUGGAGUUAUCGGAGACCAAGAUUUCAUUGCUCGCUGAUCCUGAUCAAGAACUGGAUGAGGUUUCUGAACUAAGAAUUGAGGCGAUCCAAGGAAAUGAGAGAACUGAAGUACUAGCACAUAAUGAAAGAGAAGUUUUGUUUGAGAAGAAACAUAAUGAUGAAGGAGAAUCAAAUGAGCUGCAACAUACUGGUAUGAUUGAGACAGAUAAUCUUGACAAGGGUCUAGUUCAAGGACAAGAAAAACAAGUCCCAGGUGAUCAAGAAACUAUCAACCACCCUGAUGAUGGUUAUUUAAAAGAAACCAGCACUUGUAAUGAGCAUGAACCACUGAACUCUGCCUUUGAACAAGGAGAUCAAACCAUUAAAACUAUUGAAUUAAUGAAGGCAGCUGAUGAAGACAAGGAUAAAGACCAUAUGCAGAGUAUGUAUUUUGAAGAACAAUGUGUUGAUGCAGAAACUCAGACUCAUCAAUUUGCCAAGAAAUGCGACCUACAAAUGCAAUUAAGUGAUGAAGAAGAGUGUGCGAAGGAGCAUGAUCAAGCAAAUUCUUGCUACAAGGUGGCAGCAUCAGAAAACAGCCACUGCACAACUCGCAGUAUGGACACGCAAAAUUUGGCAGCGUCUGAAAUCAGAAAUGCCUCAAUAGAUGAUGAGCUUCCUGCUGAAGUGAUUCAAGUGAUCAAAGAAACAAAUGCAAUGGAACCUUCGGCUGGUGGAGAGCAGAGCCUAGAAACAGAACAGUUGGUUGAGAAACAAAGCUUUGAACUGCAUUUUCAAGGAAAUGAUUCAAAGGACAAUGAAGUCAAAGAGAGUGUUUUUGUUAAUGAAGAAGCAGGAGGAGAAGAAGAUGACCACGACAAUGACAUAGAGAAAGAUGAUGCUGCAGAGGAAGUGAUUCGAGUGAUGAAAGAAAUAAAUGCAACGGAUCCUGCAGCAAGUGGAGAGCAGAGCCCAGAAGCAGAGCAUUCACCUAUCCAGUUGGUUGAGAAGCAAAGCUUCGAACAAAAUUGUCAACAAAAUGUUUUAAAGGAAGACAAUGAAGCCUCAAAGAGGCUAUCUAUGGACAUUGAGGUAGUGGAGAAGGAUCUGGAAGCGCAUAGCAAAGAAGUGAAGGAUGAAGUAGAAGAGAAUGUUUCUGUUUAUGAAGAAAAAGAAGAAGAUGAUGACCACGACAAUGGCCUAGACAAAGAUGAUGCUGAACAGGAAGUUGAAGAUGACAUCUUGGAAGGAGCAAGAAACUCCUCUGAGCAAUCUAACAGCAAUAAACUUUGGGCAGGCGACUCAAACCAGGGACUUCUGUUGGAACUCAAAGAUGAGAAGGUCAAAGAAGAGGAAGAAGGAACGAAAAUUGAAGAUGAACCAUGCAGUGUAGAAGACUGCAAUUUGAAAAGCACACAGAAUGAUGUCGCCACAAGAAGUUGCCAACAGAGCUAUGAUGGCAAAGAUGAUUCAGCUGCAAAUUUUAUUGGCAGGUACCAGAUGAAGCUCAUGUACCUGGAUGAUGUAGCUGCAAUCACCAGGAGGAGGAGAGUGCUUGUGGGAGCACUACUAGUGCUAAUCUGGUAUGUGCUUAAAUGCAUCCUUCCUUCCGGCAUAAGAGGAUUCAAGAUUUUAGAUCAGUGAGUGCAAUAUACUACUGCAUUCACUAGAUAAUAUGUGUCAGACUAAAUAUAAAUAAAUAAAUGUAUAGUAGUUUGAGCCGAAAAGGGGUGGUGCACGGGCACAUGCUGCCUCCGAGUGGAGAAAAAUGAUGGGCACGUAAAAGAAAGCGAAAUGGGGUACACAUUAUGAAGUUUGGCUAUAUGGAGUAAAAGAUUUCUCCAAGGAGAUCACCUGGUCCACACAGGCAUAGAAGCUGAGUUGCCAAUUGGUGUGCCUAUGGUACUGAAUGAUGCCGUAUGGACUUUGUAAGCACUAAAAAGAACUCAUUAUUGACAGUAGUAGAAAUAGUUCAUUGUCAUCUUCAACCAUGACCUAGUUCAAAAUAAAGAGCACAUUUGUUG